UUUAGCACUUUGCGGCGGCGGGGGUGCAUCGAGAGUGAGAGAGAGGGAUGAAAAAUGGUGCGGAGUUUUUCGUACCGAAGCUACUGGCAAUUUAUAAAUAGCUGUCCGGCGGAUGAGGUUAUUUUUGUAUUUCCCCAGGGUGGUGCCGCGUGGGAACUCGUUCAAUAUUUUGUCAUGCCUUCCGGUACAGACACAGCUUUCCUUUUCCUCCCACCUCUUCUCCUUUCUUUCUCUUGUGCUCUUGAUGAGUCCGCUCGUGUGUCUGUGUGCAGUAGUACUUUCUGUUUCCCCGCCGUCUGUGCAUUCUGGGAAGAGAAGAAAUUCCAUCGUGCCGGGAGAAAACCUCGCUGGCGUUUUUCGCCAGUUCUGCGAAUAUGUAAGGCUUGCAGUCGGUGACUGCACAAUACGCCGUCGCAACAGUGUGGGUUAUGGAAGGAGCGUCGUCGGCGCCUUGCCUGGCUGACGAGAGACCGCGGUGUUGAGUCAAAUCGGUCUCGACCAUGUCGCCAUCGGUUCCGUGGUUCCCAGUAGUGCUGGUCUCGUUGCUGCAAGUUUUGCCGGAAACGUUAGCCAAGGACUCGUUGCCGAAAAGCAAUGUGCUCUCUCCUGCCGUCCUGAGGUUAGCUCCAGUCAAAGAGGACAUGGGCAAGGCUGAUUCCAAUAAGGAUCCCGAGAACAUGGAUGACGACGCCUUCCUCAGAGCGUUGCAUGAAAAGAUAGAUCGGUGGGAAGGGAAGAAGCGGAAGAUGAGUCCGUCGACGGCAGUGGACGGGCGUCUGUCGCUGGUCGAGUACUUGGACUCGAAGCAGCGUGGCACUACUGGGACCGUGGCUGUCGUCGACAACGUCAAGGACAUCCUGAGCAUGAUGAAGAGGAAUCGAUUGAAGAACGCGCCGUCGUCGCACCUGGCCAAGGCGGGAAACCGUUCCGAGUCCACGGUGAUGAGCGUCCGAAAGGCCGAAGACGCCUUUUUCGACGACGGCUUCUCGCCACCCGAGCCGCCCGUCAUUGGGAGGAAGGCGGUUCUGCAGCAAAUCGCGGAAAAGAAGUACAGCUUGGAUCUAACCACGAAAGCACCCGUUGAGACUAAACCGACGACUGUUCGUCGUACGACGAAGCACUCCGUCCUGACUGUUUGGGAAGAUCAACUCGACGAGGAUUACUCUGAAGAGGCGUCGUAUAGCAGGGAAAAUGAAAAGCCGCAUGUCUUGUCCAAGCGGUCUCCGACUGAUGGCGUAGUCACUAGUAUUCGUCCCGAGGAGAAAUGGCCCGAGUCCCCGCCGACGUUGAAAUAUGAGGGUGUUUCGGAGGGGCCUCGUCGUGAUCAGCAACUGCUGAACGUGAACAACCACAACCCCGGAGAUGGUUUUCCCAAAGGAGGAACGCCCUCGCGACCAGUCGUCUCUGUGCCGAUUGACAAGUGGUACUUCGAAUUGGCCAACAAUGACAACGCCGUGGUAAUCCCUGGAACUACGCAGGUAGACUUUUCAGUGGCCACGGAUGAUAUUCCCGUUACUCGAUGCCAGCGACAUCUACGAGAGGAUACCAAACCUAGUUUGACAUUGCCCGGGUCACCCAUGAAUUCCCAGCCAUGGCGAACGAGAAUCCUUCAUCAACGUCAAACAGAAGAGAAGGACAAUAAGACGUUGACGACGACGACGACGACGUCUCUGUCUCUAGCUCCGAGUAGUAGUGUGGCCCCGACAGCAGUCAGCUCUACGAAGAAUGACUCCAUCCUGGAGAUGAAACCGGUGCUGCCGGCGGUUAUGAUGAGGAAGCCGAAUUUACCGGUGCCUGUGCGGUUCAUCUCGACCACGUCCGUCGUUGUCGACAGUGCUGCUGCUGGGUUGCCGAUUGCCAUCAAUAAGGAAGAGACGGGUUCGUCAACGGUGACUACGCGGCGAACGCCAGCUGCUGUGAACCAAAAGGAGCUCGGAAGGAUCGUCUCUGUGUUGCGUCGGAACGAAAGGAUUCAGAAGCUGUUGCGAAGAGCCAAGGCGAAGCUCGCGAAACGUCGCCAGCAACCGCAGAAGAAAGAGCGCAAGGGGCGAGUCGAUGAUGUCCAAGCUGGGCUUCAGGUGCCGCGUCAGGCGAUGGCGGGGUCGUCCUUGGAUCCGGCGGUCUUGGCGUCUAGUAGUCAGCAGUUCCCGGUGGGAGGGUUCAACAGCGCACCUGCUCUUGUACAGGUGCCUCGUCCAGCAGCAGUAGCUGCCCCAUCGGCAAGGUUUCCUCCCAGUCUGUCAUUUCCGGGCACCCGGCCGGACAUUGCCGGCGUUGGACAACAGCUCAUUCCUCCGCACAAUAAGAUGCUCGUCUCUUCCCCUGCUGCUGAAGCUGCGAGAGCCUCGACUGAGGAGGCCCUGCAAAAGACGGUCGCAAAACUCGGAAAGCAGAUGUCGGAACUGACUGCUGCUACUUCUGAUGAAGGGCUGAAAAAAUUGCAAUCCUCCGACACCCCAAACGGAACGCGGACCCCUUUCGCAUUGCUGAGGGAUAUCGUGGGCCCCGCUGGCGACAACGGGUUGCAGAAACCAGAUGAGGGGUUGCCUCUGUGGAGAGCUCGGAGCAACCACGCGGCGCUCUUCAAGGACAUCUCCGACUCUGCCCACGAGGCGACCAACAAGGUCCAUGAGGGCAAGAAUAAAACGGGAUAGCUAUGGUGAAGGAUACAUGCACAAGCAUGAAAGAACUUGUUCCUUUUUGGUUUUGGGCAACCUCGUUUAUUUCACGAAAAAUAAAACAACAUGAUGAUGAUACGCGGUUCUUAUUGAACGCAGAAUAUAGAAUUACAAUAUUGCGCGCGCGCUCACACUCGAGAGGAGUGGAUGGUGGGGCGCCAUCUUGAUUCAGCACCGGGAAGUGUCGCUAGAGUCGGCUGUCACAGCGUCGCAGACGUAAUCUGCGCGGCAUUCUGCGUCGCAGUCUGGCUUCCUCGGAGAGUUUUUCCAGUAGCCGCUGCAAUCAGAUGAGCGAUGUUGAAUGAAUGAAAUUCGAAUAUUGUGAUUGAAAAAAAAAAAAAUUAUUUCCCCCCCCCCACUUUGAAUAAGCCUAGAAAAUACUGUUCGGUGAUGGGAAGCGUUUAAUGUACGUAAUUUUUUUAAUUGAAUGACGGAACAUGUAAAUCGCAAGAUACUUCAUUGAAAUUUGAACUCAUUUCCAAAUUGAGAAAUCGGAAGAAUUGUGACGAAUGGCUUAUUUUUAAGCAAAUUCCGGAGGUUUUCAAUUUCAUUCCGCACUUUGCUCAUGAGCGUUUAUUAUUGUUCUUGAUAUAUACAGUAUUGCGCUUAUAAAACCGGACAUAAUCCGAUCUGUUGAUGCAUUUGAUUUUUCACUCAACAGCUGUGACGGAUGCAUACAUGUAGUAGUUGUGCAUUUUUGCCUGCUGUAUAGAUGCAUUGUGCAGUCACAAACAACGAUGAGAAGAAUAUUCAACAAUAAUAAGGUCGAGUGCAUCAAAAAAUGUGUCGUAUUUGCCUUGAUGAUUCUUUCAUAUUUCAUGCGUAUACAGCUCUUAGCUCUGCAUUACCUUUUUUAUGGCAUCCUUUAUGAUUUUUAUUGUGUUUCUGACCCAAACUUGGUGCUGUGAAAAUUUUCGUGCGUGAAAAAUGGCUAGAUUAGCAUCAGUCUUAUUCCAGCCCUGAAAAGGUUUCACGUUAGUUCUGUUGAUUUCAUAUCGAUGAGUCACUGCAUGUACACAGUUUUUUUUUUUUCUUUUUUUCUUCUUUCGAGCGCGGAAAUUAUGGUGACACGAACUUGUAGUAAAAGUCGAAGACGGCCUGGUCCGUCCCUAGCUGGUCGGCGAGCUGCGCCAUGGACGCUGGCGACAAGUCUGGCAGCCCGUAGGCCGCCUUGAAGUUGUAGAACUUGUACCAAUCCGGCACUCCGGCUGCAUUGGCGGGUUCCAGGUCGAAGAGCCAGGUCUCGUGGUCCAUGAGGGCCCAGGUGCUGUCCUCGACGCCGCGGUUGCCGUCAGCGUAGAAUACGCGGUAGCCCGGGUUCAGCUCGGUGUAGGUGGUGAUGCUGGGCGCCAUGAAGGCCACCGACGUGGCCCUGGCUGAGGCGCCGUCGUAGAACACGUUGAUUUCGUCGUUGUGCGUGUGGCCGUAGAACUGGCCGCGGAUCGUGGCCUCGUACCGGCUCACGAUCCGGUGAAAGUUGUGGCUCCACACGGGGAUCAUGCUGCCUGCAAAUCAAUCAAGAACAGGACUGUAGUGCUGUUGUUGUUGAAGAGUGGUGCUGCUUGCCUGGUGGGAUGUGGCUGAUGAGGUAGACGGCUUCCCCGGCUGUCUCCGCCGCCUGGAGUUGUUGGGCCAGCCAGGCGAGGACGCCGUUGGGGUCUGGGAUGUCCAUCCAGAUGAGCCAGUUGUUGUCGUAGGCGUAGAUGUCGUUGAAGCUGAUGACGCGCAACUUGGUGCCUGGCACGAGGACGGAGAAGCUGCCCGAGUGGCGAACGGACUCCUCUUGGUCGGCCGGCAGCCACGUGCUCCACUCUCGCCACGCGGCGUCGUACACCCAUUGCGUCGACAGUUCCGCCGGCAGGUUGUCGAGGCCGUCGAACGAGUAUCUGCGUGUUAUAUAUGAUGGUGCUGCGAAAGGACGUGGUCCAGUGUGGCCUGCACGGUAAGCAACGGGAUGUCGCAGUCUGCGUAGGAGCCAAAGAGCCCGGCUGCAGUGUUGGGGGAAUCGGCUGGGCCGUCGAUGCUCUGACAACAGAUGAUCUUGCUGCACUGCUCCUCGCUCCCUUCCUCGUAGAUCAUGUCCAAGUGCAUGUCGGAGAUGUGCAGAACCUUCACUCCUUCCGUCCCCUCCUGCGUGAUGCGAGAGCAGGGGGGGGGGCGUGUUAUUAUCAAUAAUAAUCCCAAAAUAUAGCGUACCGAGAGUGCAUAUGUACUGUACAGCAGUAUGUAGUUAACUAUGUAUCCUUUCUUCAUGUGAAAUAUAUGUGCCGAAAUGAUUAUGCUGUCUUGUUUGGUAUACUGCUGUAUAUACUUACGGGAACUGCAGGGUACUCCACAUUGUCGGG